AUGUCUUCCAAAUCACACGAAACAUCCUCAGAUCGUCGGGCGAAUCUAGCCUCUCUCGACUACAAAAUUCGCAACGCAAUCGGAUGGUUCUUUUCGGGAUUUCAGCAUCUAUCUACCGUGCUCGCGGAAAAUACUGGGCUUGACGUGACUUCAGAUAACUCAUCCGAUACAGACUUUUCUCGACCUGUCUCAACUGACAACAGCUUUAUGUUGGAAGCCAACAUUGCUGCCCCACACGUUAAGACUAUCAGCUCUGGACUAGAUGGGGGGGAAACACCUGGUAAGAGGGAUAUCUUGCUUGAGAGAUCCGUCCCUAAUGAAGAGCAGUGCUUCCACCUCCCACGCCUGAGAAAGCCAUUGAUAUCCACGAUCAACUGCAAAAGGUGUCGAAGUUGUCCGUUAUUACAAAUCGUCCGGCCGAGACUGUGGGUACAACAGAAGCGUGGUUAA